CCCUGCCCCAGGAAGUGCGGGAAUAUCCCACAAUUGCAAUUCGGAGUGGAAAAGUUUCAAGUUGAUUCUCGCCUGACAUACUUCGGACACUGAAGGACUUACUCAUCUCACAGAGAGGGGAGACCGGUGCUGGAGGCUCGGAAAGAGGCGGCUGUAGACUCCGGAGGUGAUCUAACCUGAGCCAGGUUCCGGAUUGUACAGAGAACAGCAGCAACUUCCACUCGGGCUGGGGAUGGGCUGGACAGUUCGGCUUGUGUUGUGUGUCGCCCUGCUCCCCACCAUCUCAGCUCUCCACACUGAUAGGAAAUCAAGGCAUAAUGGCAGCAACAUAGCCAAAAGCUUUGCUGGUAACACUGGAAAUCGGAGGAACAUGAUCAAUGACUCACAGCAGAACAUAUCAAGACAUUUACCGAGAUAUGGACUUAAUGUCACACAUCUCCCGCAACCUUCAGUCAUCAAAGUGACAGUUUCUGAUAGAGCAAAACUAUACCUAAUGGGUUCCUGGACAACUAUAGUGAUUCCUUUUGUUUAUACCUUUGUUUUUACUGCAAGCUUGCCUCUAAACCUUCUGGCAAUCUUAAUAUUCCUCCUUAAAAUGCAAUUGACAAAACCAGCCAUAAUUUACAUGAUGAAUUUGGCAUCAGCAGAUUUGUUAUUUGUGCUGACGUUACCUCUAAAGAUCACUUACCAUUUUUCUGGCAAUGACUGGGGAUUUGGCUCUUUCCUCUGCCGAUUGGUUACAGGUAGUUUUUAUGCUUAUAUGUACUGUUCAGUGCUGCUGAUGAUGUGCAUCAGUAUUGACCGAUUUCUGGCUGUGGUCUAUCCAAUACGAUCUGCUACCUGGAGGACCUGGGGGCGUACAGUUGUAAUUUGCCUUGUCGUGUGGCUUGUGGCUAUUGGUGGUACUAUACCACUUUUCCUCACUGAGCAAACAGUGUAUGUCACCGAGCUGGGCAUUACAACCUGCCAUGAUGUGCUACCCCUCUCCACACUACAAAGUUACUCCAUCUACUAUUUUCCCAUUUUGUGUUUUCUGCUCUUCGUAAUUCCCCUGCUUGUGACUUCAUUCUGCUAUGGAUGUAUUAUCUCAACCCUUCAUUUAGCCAAUCAGACAAACCAGUGUGGAAAGUCACGUGCUUAUUUUCUUGCUACACUUGUGCUUUCCGUGUUUAUUAUUUGCUUUACACCAACGAACAUCAUUUUACUCAUACACUAUCUUAAUUUUUAUCAUGCACCAAGUGAUUCACUCUACUUUGCAUAUAUGCUGUGUGUGUCUAUUGGCAGUAUGAGCUGUUGCCUUGAUCCUUUGAUUUAUUAUUAUGCCUCAUCAAUCUUUAAGAGCCGGUUACAAAUUCUCCUUUACCCUAUGGAGUCUGAUAGUAGUCAAGAAAAACAACAAUCAACUCCCAGUCGUUGCAAUUACAGUAAAGUUAACAUAGAUUAAUCACAUGAUGCAUACGUGCUAAUUUAUUUUUGAUAAUGUUACAAGGUAAAGCUGAUUUACGUAUAGUAUUAGGCAGCUGGAGGAGGUCCAAUUAGUCUGUGUUGUUCUUCAUAUUCUUUCUCUGUGUGUACCUGUGGACAUAGCUUUAGAAAUAUUGCUGAACAAACUUGAGUCUUAAUUUGUGGUGCUAUUUAACAUUGACAAAUGUGGGUUACACCUCUAUUAAAAUCAGACCACAUUAUCAUGAGUAAUUCAAUUAUUGACAGUUGCUGACGUUAUUGGCAUUUUGCACGUAUGCCACAAAGUACUAACCCACAGACUGGACCAAAUUAAAUUGCUUUCUAAGAAGAGAAGGGAAGAUAACCACAGUCUAGUUUCCUAAUGAUACUGCUUUAAAAGCUGUGGUCACAUAAGUUUCAUUCUGUUGUGUGUCCUUACUCUGCCUUCCUUUUUAAGUUUGUGAUUCAUGUGGAUUGUAAUUCACUCAUGAAUUUCAAUAGCUGCAAAAGUAUUUUAAGUAUUGUUGAGAAUAAACCGUUCCUUUUAA